ACGGUAGAGGCCGUGUAGCGUCGCCGUUACACCGAGGAGAGAUUAGUCGGUAGAGAAGUCGAGGUUAGAGAGGACUGGGAGGCACUUUGCUGUCUUCAAUCGAAGUUGAGGGUGCAAAAAUGCAGAGUAAUAAAACUUUUAACUUGGAGAAGCAAAACCAUACUCCAAGAAAGCAUCAUCAACAUCACCACCAGCAGCAGCACCACCAGCAGCAACAGCAGCAGCCACCACCACCGCCAAUACCUGCAAAUGGGCAACAGGCCAGCAGCCAAAAUGAAGGCUUGACUAUUGACCUGAAGAAUUUUAGGAAACCAGGAGAGAAGACCUUUACCCAACAAAGCCGUCUCUUUGUGGGAAAUCUUCCUCCCGACAUCACUGAGGAAGAAAUGAGGAAACUGUUUGAGAAAUAUGGAAAAGCAGGCGAAGUCUUCAUUCAUAAGGAUAAAGGAUUUGGCUUUAUCUGCUUGGAAACACGAACCCUAGCGGAGAUUGCCAAAGUGGAGCUGGACAAUAUGCCACUCCGUGGAAAGCAGCUGCGUGUGCGCUUUGCCUGCCAUAGUGCAUCCCUUACAGUUCGAAACCUUCCUCAGUAUGUGUCCAACGAACUUCUGGAAGAAGCUUUUUCUGUGUUUGGCCAGGUGGAAAGGGCUGUAGUGAUUGUGGAUGAUUGAGGAAGGCCCUCGGGAAAAGGCAUUGUUGAGUUCUCAGGGAAGCCAGCUGCUCGGAAAGCUCUGGACGGAUGCAGUGAAGGCUCCUUCCUGCUAACCACAUUUCCUCGUCCUGUGACUGUGGAGCCUAUGGACCAGUUAGAUGAUGAAGAGGGACUUCCAGAGAAGCUGGUUAUAAAGAACCAGCAAUUUCACAAGGAACGAGAGCAGCCACCCAGAGCACAGCCUGGCUCCUUUGAGUAUGAGUAUGCCAUGCGCUGGAAGGCACUCAUUGAGAUGGAGAAGCAGCAGCAGGACCAAGUGGACCGCAACAUCAAGGAGGCUCGUGAGAAGCUAGAGAUGGAGAUGGAAGCUGCACGCCAUGAGCAUCAGGUCAUGCUAAUGAGACAGGAUUUGAUGAGGCGCCAAGAAGAACUUCGGAGGGUGGAAGAGCUGCAUAACCAAGAGGUGCAAAAACGAAAGCAGCUGGAGCUCAGGCAGGAGGAAGAGCACCGUGAAGAAGAGAUGCGGCGACAGCAAGAAGAAAUGAUGCGGCGACAGCAGGAAGGAUUCAAGGGAACCUUCCCUGAUGCGAGAGAGCAGGAGAUUCGGAUGGGUCAGAUGGCUAUGGGAGGUGCUAUGGGCAUAAACAACAGAGGUGCCAUGCCCCCUGCUCCUGUGCCAGCUGGUACCCCAGCUCCUCCAGGACCUGCCACUAUGAUGCCGGAUGGAACUUUGGGAUUGACCCCACCAACAACUGAACGCUUUGGUCAGGCUGCUACAAUGGAAGGAAUUGGGGCAAUUGGUGGAACUCCUCCUGCAUUCCACCGUGCAGCUCCUGGAGCUGAAUUCGCUCCAAACAAACGUCGCAGAUACUAAUAAAGUUGCAGUGUCUAGUUUCUCAAAACCCUUAAAAGAGGGACCCUUUUUGGACUAGCCAGAAUUCUACCCUGGAAAAGUGUUAGGGAUUCCUUACAAUAGUUAGAUCUACCCUACCUGUACUAUAGGGAGUAUGCUGGGCAAGGGAGUGGUGGUAUAAACAAAUAAUGUGUCGUA